AAUUUGGGAGUAAGAAGUUAAAUACUCGUAUUUCUCUAUCAUUUAGGUGGGAGAAGUAAUCCCCGAUAUCUAUGAUGAGACCCUUAGAGAUUUGGGCCUGGCUCAGGCCAACAUAGAAAGAAGAAAAAGCAUGUAGUGAAUUUCUUCCCGCGCGAGCGUAAUGCGAAUUGAUUUAGAGCCAACAAACCAACACAAGCAAAAAUGGAACUGGAGCCAUGGGAAACUCUUGACAUCGACGAUUCCGAUCUCUCCAACUUCCUCCGCCCUUGCAACAACCGCACUUCCCAAACCCUAACCACCGAUCCUCCUCUCAUUCCCGGCCCCGCCGGCGCAGUUCAAGCCGCCAUGAUUCAACGCAGAACCCUAGGAGCAUCCAACCCCCUUCCCACUCAAGAAUUCGUAAGGCGCGUCGUACAAAACGGCCACGACACCGAUCGCGAUUUCACCUCCAAUCCAUGGCUUUCUGCAUUUCAAUUUCUUCAAUCUUCCCAAGUGGAUGUAGCGUCUUUUGCGAUUUUGAGCUCGAUCCAGAAGCAUCUUAGCCGUGAAGGAAGAGUUCCUCGGGUAGUUGCUGUUAUAAAAUCAUGCAAUCCAAACGGUUUUGGAGACAUGACGGUUACUCUAAAGGAUCCUACUGGCACUAUUGAUGCUAGUAUCCAUCGUAAAGUCUUCACCCAAAGAGAAUAUAGAAAGGAUAUAACUGUUGGUUCUGUUUUACUUCUCCAAAAUGUAGCUGUGUUUUCUCCUAAUGGUUUUACUUGCUAUCUGAAUAUUACAUUGGGCAAUAUAGUCAAGGUCUUUUCCAAGGACAGUGGAUCUCCAUCAGAGCAAAUCUCUAUGAAACAAACUGCAACUACUUGCAUUGCAGAAACACGUGAAAAAUCGUGGAUGCCGUUGAGCAGUGCACUCUCUCUGUCACAAGAAAGAACUCAGGGGAUCCUGAAUAAUGUCGGACUAGAUUCAAGGUUUAAAGAAGUAGCAAAUAAUGGUAGCCAGAGGGAUGAAAUUUUGGUUUUAAGUAGUUGUCAUUUUGAUAAUGAAGAUGAUGAAAUCCAAAGAACUGUUUCGAAUAGAGAAAACUUAUCUUUGAGACAGGAUGGUACUGGACCCGUUGAAGCAGCUUGUGGUGGGCAGCUUGAAAGUGAGAUGGAAAAUCAAGAAAACCAUCCUACAUUAGGCAAAGGAGACAUUCUGGUAGGGAUUACUCAAGUCAAUAGUUCUUCAUCGAACCCGGCACAUAUAUCUGUUGGUCAAGAAACUGAUAUGGAAAAUCACUUGGAAAGUCAGGAGAUCAUGAAUCCAAAAAGCUCAAUUCCACAAUGGACAGAUGAACAGCUGGAUGAGUUGUUGGCAUUUGACUGAGAUUACUAGCAAAGUAUUAGACGAUGCCUGAUAUUUUUAGUUUACAUAUAUUUUUGAUUGUGAACUUUUAGCAGUUUUAAGGUACAUGUGUAUUGUAAAUACCUCCACAAUACUUCCAGGUUAGUUUGGAGUAUAAAAGCAUAUUUGGAAACUUUUGAGAUUGUAAUUAGACAAUUCACUAUUAUCUUGUUUCAUGUUCUCAAUAUACAAUAAGCUUGAAUC